GCGGUGAAGAAAAGUGUGAAAAGAUUUACAAAUCUUAAUUUCUGAUAUAUACAGCAAAAUAACCAACGAAAGACGUUGAUCGCAGUGAUAAAACCUACACUAAAUAUCGAUGCUCUAUUUGGAAGAACAUAUUACAAGUUGAAGGUAUGGAUGCAUCGACCAUUGACACGCCAAACAAUGGGGCUGAUGUUCCUACUUCACCAGAAAAAAAUGCUCCUGCGUCUCCUGUAAAGGUGCCUACAUCUCCAGAAAAUAAACUUGUAUCUCAUAUCGAUGCUCCUGCAUCACCUGAUGGGAAUUUUUCACCAAAGCCGUCCUUUACUUCACUUGAUGACACCCCAGCUUCCCCAGAACCAGAGUCUUUAACAACAGAUAUAUUGCCAAGUUUAAAUAAACCCUUAUCUCCAAAAACAUUUGAAGAUGCUCCCCAGAGUCCUGAGGAAUCUCCUAUGUCACCAGAUGGAGAUAACAAUAUGGAAACUGCAAAUGUUGCUACACCUGCAUCUCCUGACCAAGAAGCAAUGGACGAUACACCUCAAUCUCCUGAGCCAGAAAACAUGGAAGUUUCAUACACCCCCAUGUCCCCAACUGAGGCACCUAAGUCACCCGAAGCCCCUGCUUCUCCAGACAUUGAAGCACCUGCUUCUCCUGACAUUGAAGGUCCAGCUUCCCCAGAUAUUGAAGCUCCUGCCUCACCUGAAAGAAUGGGACCUACCUCUCCAGAAGCUGAAGGUCCAGCUUCCCCAGACGGUCCUGCCUCUCCUGAUGCAGAAACUGACUUCGCCCCAUUGGUGCCUACUGAUUCUGAAGCCAGGUUUGAUGAAGCCCCAGCUUCUCCAGAUGAUCAAGGAGAAUCAACAGAAGCAAUAUUUACUCCUCAGUCACCUGAUGAGCCUCCUCCUGAAAAAGACUCUCCUCAAUCCCCUGUAGAGGGUCCUGCUUCUCCGGAUGAUAUACCAGCUUCUAUAGAAGACAAUUCAAAAUUAUUUUCACCCAACUCUCCUCUAGAGCACCCUCCUGUUAAUAAUGACACACCUUCAUCCCCUAUAACAAGUACAACAGAUAUAAAUGCAAUAAAAACUACUGAAGAUGAUAUUGACGAUAAGGAAUCUGUAGAUUUAGGCCUUGAUUCUGACUCUGAAAAUGAAGCUGCUUCUCCAUUAAAAGAGCAGCCACAAAAUACAAUAAAAUUUAAAACUACAAGGAAAAGAUCAAGUACUGGUAGUAGAACUAGUGAAGGUCGGUCACAAAGUAGGGACGACAAUGAUGCUGCAGUUUUAGACUUAGGCGAAUCUCAUAUCAAUGAUUUAGAUAAUGAUGUUGUUGCUGGUGAUAUCAUUAAAAUCAGAUCUAGUGUGCAGGAUGAUCACGGUGAACUGGAUUAUGAUGAGGAAGAUGAUGAGGAACAUAAAAAACAGGGAGAUGGUGAGAUAGAAGAUGAUGAUGGUGAACUCAAGUCAGAUGAUGAGAAGGAAAAGGCAGAUGAGGAGAAAGAAGCAAAUGGUGAUGAAGAUGGUGAAGUAGAUGAUGACUGUGAAGAAGGUGAAAUCAAAGAAGAUGAGCCUGCUAGGAGACAGUUCAUACGCCCCACAUGUCGCUUCUUUGUCAGGGGGGCUUGUACCUGGGGAAUGCAGUGUAGAUUCUUACAUCCAGGCGUCAAUGAUAAAGGUGCAUACAACAUGUUGGAUAACAGACCUGUCCAGGGGAGGGGCAUCAAGGACAGACUUGGACCAAGGGAGCCAGAACAUAGAGAGGCACACUGGCAGAGAGAGCAGGAUAGAGAGCAUGACAGAGAGCCCUCCCCCAGGGAAAGGGAAAGAUCACCCGUACCAGCUGACUCUCCACCCCGCACUGAAUCUGCCUGGGAGAGAGGUCUUAGACAAGCAAAGGAGGCUAUUAAGAAGGCGAAGAAAGUUAAAGAGACGGAGACAAAUUUAGAAGAAAAGCGUAUGAAUCUUACGAUAGAGGACAAUAAAGAAAAUGAUAGAAACUUCGAACGUGAUCGUUUUUACCGAGAGGAGAGAUAUUAUAAAGAUCCAUAUUACGAUCAGGAGGUAGUGCACAGGAGGUAUGAGGAGGACCAUUAUCGUGAGAGGGAAUUCCGACCGGAACAUCGUCCCGAUCACUGGAGGGAGGGGCAUUAUGAAAACUUUGAAGUUCGCUGGAAUCGUCAGUCGCCCCCUCCCCAUCCGCAUGAUUACUUCAGGGAGAGGGAACGAUCCCCACCCCCACCUUACCACCACCAGGAACCAUAUUGGCCACGAGAUAGACCUUUCCCACGCAACUAUGAUGGACCACCCCGACCUUAUGAUAACAGAGGCCCUCCUUCCCCAAGGUAUGAACGUGAGCGUGAACGUGAACAUCUUGAGGGCCCACCCCCUGGUCACCAUCACCACCGGCAACAUCAUCAUGGACAACACAGAGAUGGACGUGAGAAGCUGCAACCAAAUCGGGGAGAGAUCAUGGUAAAAUCAAGGGGAGAUGAAUGGAUUGACCCCUGGCAGAGGACCAAGUCUCCCAAGAGAAAGGAUGGUUCAAGGAGCAGAUCUAGAUCUCGAGGACGACCUAAACAUCGGGGUUCAAGAUCACGAGGGAGCUCAUAUUCUUCAUAUACCUCGAGCUCUUUCAGUUCAAGGUCAAGGUCAUCAAGUUACUCGUCAUACUCAAGUCGUUCCUCAUACAGCAGAUCUUCAUCUUUUAGCUCUAGGUCAAGAUCACGUUCAAUACCUAAGAAGACGAAAAAAGGUCCAGUUGUCCCUAGUGAGGGUGUAAAGAAGGUAGCACCUGUGGGUGCAGGCCCUAAGAAGGCCCCUUCAGUGGCACAAAGACCAGGACCUCCUGGGCCUCAAAGACCACCCCCCAAGGCAGGCGAGGCUCCAAGGAGUACUGUUGCUAGUAAACCUGCUAUCAAACAAGGAGCAGUCAAUGAUAAACAACGCAAAGUGAUCGGUCCCCAGCGCCCUCCAGCCCCCGCUGUUAAAGCUACAAAGCCUGCUACAGUUACCCCUGCCUCCAAUCAGAAAACCCAGAAAGCAGCCCCCAAAGGUGCCCCAGUUGCCGCCAAAGCUCAGUCUAAAACGCCCAUUGGAGCCCCAGGAAAGAUUCAGAAGACUGCUGCUGCACUGAAAGCAGGUCAGAAAGCGCCACCUGGUGCUGCCCAGAAGGCAGUACCUCCUAAGGGACCUGCACAGCCUAGAGUUACCCAGAAAGCAGCAGCAGCAGCAAAAGGAGGUAAACCUGGACCAGUAUCUCCAGCAGCUACAAGAGGGAGACCAGCUACCAGAGGGGCGCAGAAAGCAGGGAAACCUAGUCGACAAUCUAGCUACAGUUCCAGUUCAUCACGUUCAAGGAGUGGUUCAUCUAGUUCACGUAGCUCAAGUGCCUCUAGCUAUACAAGUACAGGAUCUAGUUCAUCAAGUGGAAGUGCAGAUUCAGAUCACCUUUACAGGGAUAUACCCAAGAAUAAACCAAAUGAUCCAGUCACUAAGAAAGUCGUUAAAAAGGUGCCACCUGCUAAAGGUCCGGCUGCAAAACCAGUUGCUAAGCAACCUGUUGCUGCCAAGAAAGUGCCACCUGGUGUGCAAGCUAAAGCUCCAGCAAAGCAAUCUGCUCCCUCUGGUCUUGCCCCAAAGACAGCCAAUCAGCCUAAAGAUCCACUGAAAGCUACAGGCCAGAAGCCAGCCAUUAAACUCACUCUCGUGAGCAAGCCUAAGCCUGGAGACAGAGUAAAGAAGAGGGCUGCUGAUGCUAAUGCUGCCUCCACUCAACCCCCUGCCAAGAAGAGCACUCCAGCCACUCCCACCCCAACAACGCCCAGUAAAGAUCCUAAAACCCCCACAAAAAUACUACCUCCUAUUCCCAAGAAAAAGUCUGCAGUUGAAGCUGCUAAGAAACCUGAGGCAAAAACAGCCCCUGUUCCCAAACCUGUGGCCCCCGCAGCAAAGAAAAAGAGCACAUCCUCUCGCAGAGAGGAAUUGUUAGCACAGUUGAAGGCUGUGGAGGAUGCAAUAGCAAGAAAAAGAACUAAAAUGAAUCCCUAAAAUGUUCCCAACAAUAGACCAUGGUUUUAUCCUUAAAAAAUUACUAGGAAAUUAAUAAUAGGUUCCUCCAACAAAUAGACCAUGGUCUUAUACAUGGAAUUUGAAGAGCCCUGGAACUUCAUUUUGGAGUUUCCAAUGAACACAUCAUGGUAUUGUGCUUGGAAAAUGGGUUAGGGAAUUAAAACAGGGUUCCAAGGCCAUGGUCUUAUACAUGGAACAUGGAAAGUCAGGAAAACUUUUCCAAGAAAUGCACCAUGGUAUUGUGGGAUGCCCUUUGUGGAUAACACACACCAUAUUCAAGGUCAAUGCAUAUAUAAUCUUAUUGGAAUUACUUCUAAGUUAGGAGAUCCUGACAGGCAGUGCUAAUAACAAGACCUUGUUUCCUGCUAGGAAAUUAAAGAAAAACUCUGGUGAUUUGUACAAAAUUGUAACAUAGUGAUGAAAUAGUCUUGUAUCAGGCCUUUGGUUUUAGCCAGUCUCUGUUCCCAUACUGAAGUUGGUUAAAGAAGGGCCUGCUACAUGACUAAUAAAUGAAUAACAAUGAUUUGAGACUUAAGCCUCAGUUAUUUUUGCUCUAUGGCGGCCAUAGCAUCAUAAAAUCGAUAUAGAAAUUCUACGUCAUGCUGCUUAUCUCUACAUUUUAUGAUGCAUAUUUCUUUCAAUUUU